UGGCGGCUCCGGCCCAGGGACCCCUGCCCAGGACUCUCUCCGGGGCGCUCGGCUUUGCGGGGAGCGCGAGAGGGGCCCAGGGAAGGGCGUGCGGCGCCCACUCCCCUCCCGUGCUGGGCAUGCCCGACUGUUCGAACAGUAGUCCGUGGUACAGGCUCAAAUGUCUAUAGCUGCAGACUUGGAGGAUGGUAAUUCGGCUGAGGUUAUAUUUAUGGGAGAAGAUCCCUCUGGUCUUUGGAAACGUGGGCUCGAGUAUUGAGUGGUGAAGGGCCUUUCAAGAUGCUGUCACAGGCGGUAAGACAGGCACUGCCCACAAUGCGGGAGGUGUAGGACAGGACAGGAGGGGAGGGGCAGGGCUCCAGGCAGCUCCAGCAAGGGGUUCUACCAGCAGGGGUGUCCCUGCCUUGGAGGUGGGUUGGGGGGUCUUUCUGGGGGUGCAAUCAGACUCCACCUGAGAGGGAACCAACCGCCUGUUUUGGCUAAACAGACUGAGCAGGGUCUUUGCACAAGGAGGAGAGUCAGGAACCUGACUGAAGUUUGGCCAAGCACAAGAGCUUUGUCAAGACUCCCAAAUAGUUGAGGAAAUAAUGGAGAAGGAGAGUAAGAGCGCUCAAUGUGCAUGGGAGAGACUGGAUGUGUCUGCACAAAGGGCACUCAGGCAUCCUUCAUGCUUUUCUUACUCUAGCCCUGUUCCAAAGUGUAAAUCCAGGUAAAAAGUUAAAACUCAAAAGAUAAAGACCAGGCUGGGUUGCAUUGGACAGACUCUGGGCAGCUGGUCCUCAUGCCUCAGUUUCCUCAUCUGUGAAAUGGGCAGAGGGUUGUGGGGAGGCUGAGUUUGUACUGUACAUAGGAGACUCCUAGUGUGCCAAGCCAGGCCUGCCCCAGCUGUCACUGUUAACACAGUCUGUUCUCUACCAGCAGGAAAGAUGUGGGGUGCCAGGCCUUGCGUCCCUUGUUGCCAGUAAGAAUUGGGAAAGUAGAGCAGGCUUCUUUGUCCUCGAAGUCUCCUUUCCUGGCUGCUGCUUCCUAAACCUGGUGGCCUAUGGUCAGCCCGUAGGGUCAUGGCUCACAUGGUUUUGACCAUCUUGACUGCAGGAAAAGGUGGUGAGUCAGUUCCAUGAGGCCUUUGAAAAUGAGGAAUUUGUCCCAAAUGUGCCUGUGCAGACUGUGCUUGUGAGCCACGCCUGGAAAACUGGUUCAUCUUUCCCAGCUGCCUGGGGCUUUCCAGGCCUGAGGAAUUCCUUCUUUAUCACCACAAACUUUGAAUGAGUUCUUGUGGCAGCCAGCAGGGAAGACCUGCUGUCUCAGAGUGACCAGUGAGUGGGUGGCAGCUGCAGCUGCUGGGAGAGAUUUGAGGCUGGCCUAUUACUGGGUGGUCUCUACAGAAAGGCAAGGGGGCGGAGUGGGCACACUUACUGAGGACCCUCUUGCCAGUAGCCUUUGGUUAUGAUCUCUUUCCAAGCACUCUCCACUGAGCGAGAGCCCUCCACACAGUGUUCCUGUUUUCCACUUUGCAGACGAGGAAAGCAGAGACCAGAAAUGACCAAAGGCCCAAAGGUUGUGCAUUCUGUCCCAGCACUUGGGGGACCCUCCCCCGGGCCACUCCAGGUGAAGUCCCAGCUUGAAGAGAAAGAAAAUAAGAAGUUCCCUGUCUUCAAAGCUGUGUCGUUCAAGUCCCAGGUGGUGGCAGGGACAAACUUCUUCAUCAAGGUUCAUGUUGGUGAUGAGAAAUUCGUACACCUGCGAGUGUUUCAGAGUCUCCCUCAUGAAAACAAGCCCUUGGCCCUGUCUGACUACCAGACCGACAAAGCCAGACAUGACGAGCUGACCUAUUUCUAAUUCCUGGUCUCGCGUGUGACCUUUGCCCAUGCGACGGUGACACUGUCAUCUGUGAGCAUGUAUCUGGGGUCAGGAAGUAGAUUCAUCUCUCUGCUGCACUGUCCGGGUGGGAGGGGCUGUGCUGAGCAGCUUCUCUUGUGCCUCUGUUCUUAAAUGUCACUGUAUUGACUUUUUCAUUCCCUGUUGGUGAUCUUAACUUAGUUAUUGUCAAAGAGGGAAAUACAUAUAUUUUAAGUAUUUACAAA